UCACAGCAGCAGCAGCAGCAGCAGAGACGCCCUCACACACUGAAGGCGGACAGACGCGCUAUAAAAAAAAAAUCCCCAUUCUGUGUUUGAGUGUCAGUGGUGGAUCCUUCAGUCCUUUACAGCCCGCCAGUCAACAUGCAGCUGCAGACGCAGCAGCAGACGCACGGACUCGCGCGCCAUGGGAACUAACCCGACACGGACAGCGACGCGCUGCGCUUUCUCACCGGGAAACAUGAUUCUUUUCGAGACGUUUUCUCAGCGGCUUGUUGUGCGUCGUCUCUGCUGAAACUCUGUGGACUAUCAUUGACACGAGGAGAACUGUGUCUGUGUUUGAUGUUCAGCUGAACUGAGCAGGAUAACGGAGCUCUAUGCGGUGCCUCCCUUAACUAUGGACCUGGUGGCCUUCAGGGUUCAGUGAUGUUAGCUCUGAGUCACUACAACUCCUCAACCUCCCCACUCCUCCCUCACCCCUCUAACGACAGUGGAGGGAAGGCGGAGGCCCGCGUGGCCGUCGAAGGGCUGUCGCAGCAGGGGAACUUCACCUUGGUGCAGCCCACCACCAGUGGCAUCAUUGUCGUCAUAUUGCCCAUGACUCUGGGCAUCAUCUCCAACAUUGUGGCCCUCUUUAUCCUGGCCAAUGCCUACUGUCUCCAGCGGCGGCGCUCCAAAGCCACGUUCCUCCUGUUUGCCACCUCGCUCGUGGUCACAGAUUUCAUUGGACACGUGAUCCCCGGGGCCCUGGUUCUCCGUCUCUAUCUCCAUGGAGGUGUUCGCCCGGAGGACUUUUACACCUCUGAUGGUAUGUGUCAGUUUCUGGGUGGCAGCAUGGUGUUUUUCGGCCUGUGCCCUCUCUUCAUGGGCUGUGCCAUGGCUGCCGAGCGCUGCCUGGGGGUCACUAGGCCGCUGUUGCAUUCGUCCCUGGUCACGAAAACGCGCACAAAGGUCUGCCUGUCGGGCAUCUGGCUGGCAGCUCUGUGUGUGGCCAUGCUGCCCUGCUUUCAGCUGGGCUCUUACGCCUACCAGGACCCAGGAACCUGGUGUUUCAUCAAAGUGCUCAGUGACACUGAGGAGGUGGACGUGGCCUUUGUGGUGCUGUUCUCUGGACUCGGUCUGACCUCAUUAGCUGUGGCACUCGUGUGUAACACAAUCAGUGGACUGACGCUGGUGCUGGCCCGGCUCAGGAGGAAGCCGGGCUCGCAUCACUCCGCCAGGUCCCACGACAUAGAGAUGGUUGUGCAGCUGGUGGGCAUCAUGGUGACCUCGUGCAUCUGCUGGAGCCCUCUGCUGAUCUUUGGCCUGAUGUCAGUGAUCCGCUCCUACAUGGGAGCCAUCGGGGACGACCUGUCCAGCUACAAAACCCUGAUGGUGAUGGGCGUGAGGCUGGCCACGUGGAACCAGAUCCUCGACCCCUGGGUCUACAUACUGCUGCGACGCACCGUCCUCCGCAAAAUCUACCUCAUCGCUAAGUGCCAAGCGGGCCUGAGGGGCAGCAUGUUAGGCCGCUGGGAGCCCACCUCCUUCCCCAGCUCAGACAAGAAGGACGUCAACCAUCUGUGACGUCUGAAGAACCCGAGCGGAUGUACUUUGCCUCCAGGUCGUUGGGGGCAUAUGGGGGCAUAGUGAAGCAGUUUUAAAUAUUUUCAAAUUUGACAUUUGUUGAUUGAUCUACAGUCAUUAAUUCUCUGUUCAUACACCAUCAAAGUUUACCUUUACAAAUGGAAGCUAGCUAAUGCUGUGAUUUUGCACAAAGAUAUCACAAACGUCAAACUGUUUACUCGUAAUAAGUGAACAUUCCCUUGUCUUUAGUAUAUUUCUCAUUUUGGAGGCAGUAUUAAUCUGACUGCAGAGAGGGGGGAAAAAAGCAGUGAAUACUAUUUGAUUUGCGUUUCUCGACCUAUUUUUCUCCAGGUUUUAAAAGCACAGUGACUUGUUCUUUACAUUAGAACUGAGCUUUAUCAUUGUAUCCACUAGAGGGAGCUCCACAGUAAACCCAUCAGUAUUACAAGAGUGUGUAAUUAUUCUGCUGAAUGUACUUCAUAAAGGAAUGUUAUUAUUCAAAUACUGUGGAGGUUGUGAAUGUUUCAAUAUCAUGUGAUUAUACAGUUUUUUUUUUAAAAUAAUUUUAUAAGUUAAUACUUGAACUGCACCCUCGAUUUGUUGAGGACUUGUAAAUAUGUUUGAUUGUAAGUAAGACGAUGCAAUGUGACGUGUACAAAUACAUUUUAUCCUGAA